GCUGAGGGGAGGCGGCGGGGGGGGGGGUGUGCUCGCUGGUGAUAUGGCGGCGGCGAGCGCGGAGUGGGGCGACGGGAAAGAUGAAGCGGAGGAAGAGGAGGUGGAGGAACAGCUGGUCAUGGUGGAGCUAUCGGGAAUUAUUGAUUCAGACUUCUUAGAAAAAUGUGAAAACAAAUGCAAGAUUUUGGGAAUAGAGACAGAGAGACCCAUUUUACAAGUGGACAGAUAUGUAUUUGCGGGAGAAUAUGAAGAUACCUUGGGAACCUGUGUGGUUUUUGAAGAAAACACAGAGCAAGCAGAUGCAGAAGGCAACCAAAAAGUACAGCUGAAGUACAAGUGCCACACAAUGAAGAAGCUGAACAUGACACGGACACUUUUGACAGAAAAGAAAGAAGGAGAAGAGAAUGUUGGUGGAGUGGAGUGGUUGCAGAUCAAAGACAGAGAUUUUUCCUACAGCAGGCCUAAUACGAUUUGCAGCUUUCUGCGUGAAAAAGAAGAUUCUGAGGAGUCAGCUCAGGCCCAAGACAAAUUGACUGAAGAGUCGGAGGGAGAGGUGAGUGGCGAGGGAAAUUCUGACAUGAAUUGUGAUCUGGAGAAGCCUCACAGCUUGGAAAUAGAUGCCUCUAUCCCUCUGCCUGACAGCCCUGCUUCUGGGGCAGAGGAUUCUCCUUCUGAAAGUGUUGCCUUAGACGACGCCCCUCCAUGAUAUCAGCUCUGAUCUUUUCAGGAUUUCUUCAUGGAGUUAAUGGGCCAACUUUUAAAUGCCAACUUCUAUAGGCCAUGACAUGGUUUCCAAUUUAUCUGAGCAAUUCAUAGUGGAAAAAAUGGACAUGGUGUUCUUGUGCAUUGCUUUAUGUUUGCAUUAUAGUGGGGAGGGCUUAAGUGUUUUUUAAAAAUGUUAACUGGAAAUGUGCGUGUAUCUACCUCAAAAAAAGAAGAGGAAAUGAUUACAUAAUGAAAAACAUCCCAACCUUUGAAAAAUGUUGAUGUAUUAUACAGUCUGAGACAUUUUAUAAAAGGAAAAAAGAUAUUGUUUAAAAUAAAGCCCUGAAUUUUUCAAGUAUAGCUUCACUUUGUGUGUCAUAUUGAGCCGCAUACUAUAUCCAUUCUUGUACUGCAGUUACUGUAAGAAAAAUUUCAAGUAAGUGUGGCUUUUACUACUUGCUUGAUUACUCAUUAAAUUGCUUAGUUUGGAUUUUUCUCUAGCAUCGUUUGUCCCCAUAAUGGAUCUUAGAAAUCCUUCAUUUGGGAAGGGGCUUGAGGAGGUCUCUUGUCCAGCUUCCUACUUAAAAUAGUCUCAACACUGAAUUUGAGCCACGUUGUUCAGGGCUUUGUCCAGUCAAGUCUUGAAAACGCCUGUGGACUAGUCAGCAACUGAAAUCUAGGUCUUGAUGAGUCAUCUGUCACUCUUCCCCCAUUUUCUAUAUAAUAUAAUGUGUGUUAUCCAAAUGAAGUCUCUUUUAUUUCCCCUACCCCCCAGUAACUUCUUGGCUCUAAUCUUCUCUGGCACUUCUCGGAAGGUUUUUAUGCCUAAGAACCUGUACCCAUGCAUCAGUGGUUCGCAGACUCAUCCAUGUGGCUGUAUUGUGGCCUCUAGUUAGUCUGUGGGUUGACACUACAUACUGCUACAUCAUUUAUAUUGUCACAUAGUAUUUCACAUAAAAGUUGAGUAUGUGGUGCAUACAUAAACCAUAUUCUUCCUAACCUUUCUUCCCUCCUACCUUUUUCUGCCUCCUUCA